AAGUAGACCACAAAUAUCAAAAUAGACAUAUACUAGACUACUAAUAUUUGUUGGAAACAAAGAGACAAAUUCCAUUGGGCUACAAAGAGAAUGGGCAGAAAGAAGCGCAGACGUUAGCUGUAGCAGGCCCAAAGAACCAUAUUUCAAGAAAUGACCAAUGUGACUCCUUGUGACCAAGCGACGGCCAUGGAAACCCUUUUCAGAUUCUCAUUUCGUCUACUUCCGGUUUCCGCCGCCGUGACAUGUCGCUCGAUUCGGUUCCCCGUUUCAAGACCCGAUUCCUCACUAUUGUUGAACCGUAAGCUGUAUAGUUCCUCUUCUUCUUCUUCCUCUUUGACCACGAAGGCCGGUUGGCUAUUGGGUCUAGGGGACAAGAAGAAGAAAGUGGACUUACCGGAUAUAGUGGCAGCUGGAGACCCGGUUCUUCACGAGAAGGCCCGAGAAGUUGACCCGGAGGAAAUCAAGUCGGAGCGUAUUCAGAAGAUAAUUGAUGAUAUGGUCAAAGUUAUGAGAUUGGCUCCUGGAGUUGGCCUCGCUGCUCCUCAGAUUGGUAUUCCCUUGAGAAUUAUUGUUUUGGAAGAUACAAAAGAGUAUAUAAGUUACGCACCAAAGGAAGAGAUUCUUGCUCAAGAAAGACGUCCCUUUGAUCUCAUGGUGCUGGUGAAUCCGGAGCUGAAGGGGAGCAGCAACAAGAAAGCUCUUUUCUUUGAAGGAUGUCUGAGUGUGGAUGGAUUCAGAGCUGUGGUGGAGAGAUAUCUUGAAGUGGUCGUGACAGGCUACGAUCGUCAAGGAAAGCGGAUUGAAGUGAAUGCUUCAGGUUGGCAAGCAAGGAUUCUGCAACAUGAGUGCGAUCAUUUGGAUGGUAAUCUUUAUGUUGAUAAGAUGGUACCACGCACUUUUAGGACAGUCGACAACUUGGACUUGCCUCUUGCAGAAGGCUGUCCUAAGCUCGGGCCUCAAUGACAGAAUCUUCAAAGACGCAAACCCAUAUAUCUUUUAGAGAUCAAAACUUCGACGGAAAGAGUGUUUUUUUGUAAUGUAUUGAAGAAAUAAUUUAAGACAGAAUUCCUACAAUUUAAGACAGCUAUUCUU